AUGGAUAUAUCACAAGGCGAUCAAAAUAGCGAAAACGCAAAGGUUGCCGCAUAUGUGUCAAGGGAUAAAUAUAAAGCCCUGGUUGCCGAAAUCCGUCAAUGGGAAGAUGACCUUUGGCAUUCAAGACAGCGCUUUAAUCAAUCGCAAGCAUCCAGUACCGAUGAAAACAAAUUUGGAACCACACCUAAGCGCUCUAGAUUGAGAGAAAGUUUAGCCACUGUGAAUCAUGAGCACGUGUCAUCUCUUCGGAAAUUUUGGGAGGGUCUUAUGACUCAAGAUAAGUUGAAUGAGGCUCCUGAGAGAACGCCACUUAAACCUAUUCAAUUACCACCCAUAUUUGCUCAAAUUCAAGGAAAACCAAAUACGCCGAAAGAACUGCACAGAACUACUAAUGUUGAAGCUAAUCAUUCACCACCUCGACUGAAGUAUUCCAAGAAUUCUGAUCUACCGUCUCCUCCCUCUCCAGUGCCCGUAGAACAAGGGGAAUCAGCUGUCAUGACAGAGAUUUCUCCGGAAGAUACCUCAGCUGACCUGCCACCGCCUCCACCACCACCUACAGAAUUUGAUAUGGAUGAGAAUGGUGUUGAAUUGGACGUUCAUUCCAAAUCGAUGGAUUUUAUUGACGCCCCAGAGUCUCCAAAAGGCCAAUAUUUCGUUCCCGAAGUGCCAAGUACCGCUCAGCCGAAAAUCUCCCACAGUUACUACAAGCGUCCGCGUUUGGGAGCAUCUGCUCUCCACUCAACUACCGCCUCUACUUCAGGUGGUGCAACAGGCCCUUUUUGUCGAGGCGUCCUUCGAAACUGGCCCAAUUCAACCAAUCUCAACGAGAGUCCCUCUAAGUUUGUCCCGUCCGCCACUCAUUCCGCCUCAGACCUCCCACGUCAACGCUCCGUCACCUUCGAACCCGAACCAGGAUCAGCUCCGGGUGACACAGAGUACGAGGAGGAUACUGAGGGGGGUGGGUCAGAUGAGUUGAUAUCCUCCUACUCUCACACUUCUCCUUCCUAUUCUAUGAAGAAUAGCGUUGUUGCUUAUACUGACAUGGACGCUGAAUCGAUUGGAAUAUUGGAGAGUGCUGCAAGACUGGCGAAUUCUGCUGAGAGAGCUUCUCGACGACAAAGUAAGGACAGUAGACGAUCUUCAUUGGCAGCCGCCUCUGCUAUAGGGACGACAGAGGCACUCUGUGCAACUGAUGAUGACCGUUUGACCGAUGACUGUUGUGAUCCAAUGUUAGGUGAUGAUGAUGAUUUAACGUCUCUAGCAAGUGAUGAAGAGGUUAGUGAUAGCGAUUCAGUGAAUUCAGAACCUAUUGCCUCUUGCUCCUCCGGUGUUCUUAUGUCCGCACGGGCUUCGAAAACGUCUCUCACUGCAAUGUCGCCUGGAAAGGGUCGGAGAUCGGGAGAUGCUGGAUCAAGAAGAAUUAGUCGAGAUGCCUCAGCACUGCUUGAUUUUGAUUGUCCGCCCACUCCCAUUACACAGAAUAAAGGACUAUCGAGGAGAAAUACUGAAAUUGCGGAAGCUGAAGAGGCCGCCUCACUUCGUCGUAUGGAACGUAUAAUGGAGAUUUCUGAUCUGUUAGCCAAGGAGAAAGUGCUUAUUAUGGAGUUGAGUUCCAAUCUCAGUGAACUUCAAUCGAAUUUUAAAGCCUCAACACAAAAGUCGUCAAAGCACAAUACCUCCAAACCCGUAGAUGAAAGCGCAUUGGUUGGUCUUAAUCUGCAGUUUCUCCUAGCUUGUCAACGUCGGCAGUCCUUACUUGAUGAAUUGAGUGUUCUCAACACUGGUUCCAGGGUUCUAAUCCCACCAAUGAGGGGUGAACCUCUACGUGCGCGUUUCCAAUUGAGCGCCAUCCGAUUGGCUCUGAAGAAGGGUGAAAUGGAUUCGGGUUACGCUGUAGUUACUGCAGAUAUGAGUAAACACCAUGCUGUUAGUGGUGGACGAUCAAUCAAGUAUCAUCUGAUCGCUAUUCUCAAUUCGUUUGCCCAUGACGCAUUAGGCCAUUUGAGUUCCCAUUGGCGAAUAUCCUCAUGCAGAUAUCUCAAGACUAAAGUGCUCGUCGGGUGUGUUCACCCGUUCACACGAGUGGCGGCUAUCCCUGUCGCCCUUCAAACCUCACAACAAGUUGGUAGUGAUGAGGGUAAUUAA